ACGACUCGGAGGGGAGCUCAGGACCAAAUUAUUUAUUGCACUGGCCAAAAUCGCAGAACAUUUUAAAGGAAUGGCAUGUCUGAUGGCAGCCUUUUCAGUCAACAAUACUACUGUGACCAACUCUAUCAUAAUGAAUACAAAUGGACCUCCAGAUCUUAUGCUGGACACUAGAAGUGUGUGCGUGUCCAUCGACGAGCUGAUGUCCAAUCAAGUCGGCAGUCAGCAGACGCCGUUGUUACACGGACACCUGAAAAAAGUAGAGAACCAUCUGACUGAAGCCCAGCGAUUCUCGUACCUCCCCCGCAGACCAGCAGUCAACAUCGAAUUCAAAGAUCUCUCAUACUCAGUUCCUGAGGGACCAUGGUGGAGAAAGAAAGGUUACAAGACCCUUCUGAAAGGAAUCUCUGGGAACUUCACUAGCGGAGCUUUGGUAGCCAUCAUGGGACCUUCGGGGGCCGGGAAGUCUACAUUAAUGAACAUUCUGGCAGGUUACAGGGAAACAGGCAUGAAGGGAGAGAUCCUGAUUAAUGGACAGCCCAGAGAUCUGCGAUCAUUCAGAAAAGUGUCCUGCUACAUCAUGCAGGAUGACAUGUUAUUGCCACACCUCACCGUACAGGAAGCCAUGAUGGUAUCUGCUAAUCUCAAACUCCAGGAAAAGGAUGAAGGCAGAAGAGAAAUGGUAAGGGAAAUCCUGACUGCACUUGGUUUGCUUGAAUGUGCCAAGACACGCACAUCUAACCUGUCAGGGGGCCAGAGGAAACGCUUGGCCAUCGCCCUGGAGCUCGUCAACAACCCACCUGUCAUGUUCUUUGAUGAGCCCACAAGUGGACUGGACAGUUCAUCUUGCUUUCAGGUGGUCUCACUGAUGAAAGCUCUUGCUCAAGGGGGUCGAACAGUCAUAUGCACAAUUCACCAGCCUAGCGCAAAAGUGUUCGAGCUCUUCGAUAAGCUCUAUGUCCUAAGUCAAGGCCAGUGUAUCUACCGGGGAAGAGUACCAAGCCUAAUUCCUUUUCUGAGAGAACUGGGACUCAACUGCCCUACCUAUCACAACCCUGCGGACUUCAUAAUGGAAGUGGCCUCUGGUGAAUAUGGUGACCAGACGGCUCGACUUGUGAAGGCGGUCCAAGAGCAGAAGUGUGAGAAAGACUACAAAAGUGAAAUGAAUGGUAACGGAGUUCAUAACCCCUUCCUGUGGCACAGACCAUCUGAUGAGGACUCUUCCUCCUCUGAGGGUUGUCAUAGUUUUUCUGCCAGCUGCCUGACACAGUUUUGCAUUCUCUUCAAGAGAACCUUUCACAGCAUCAUGAGAGAUUCGGUGUUGACCCACUUGCGCAUCAUCUCUCAUCUUGGGAUUGGAUUUCUGAUCGGUCUUUUAUAUCUGGGCAUUGGCAAUGAGGCCAAGAAAGUCCUUAGCAACUCUGGUUUCCUGUUCUUCUCCAUGUUGUUCCUCAUGUUUGCAGCUUUAAUGCCCACUGUUCUCACAUUUCCCCUAGAGAUGGCCGUCUUUUUGAGAGAACACCUGAAUUACUGGUACAGCCUAAAGGCAUACUACUUGGCCAAAACCAUGGCAGACAUCCCGUUUCAGAUUGUGUUUCCAAUGGCCUACUGCAGCAUUGUGUACUGGAUGACGUCUCAACCUUCAGACGCAGUCCGCUUCAUUCUUUUCCUGGCUUUAGGGACACUCACGUCACUUGUGGCACAGUCACUGGGACUACUAAUAGGAGCAGCAUCCACAUCAUUACAAGUAGCCACUUUUGUUGGUCCUGUCACAGCCAUACCUGUGCUACUAUUUUCAGGCUUUUUUGUCAGUUUUGACACUAUCCCAAAAUACCUCCAGUGGAUAUCAUACAUUUCCUAUGUUAGGUAUGGUUUUGAAGGAGUAAUUUUGUCCAUCUAUGGGCUAGAUCGUGAGGACCUGCACUGUGAUAAAGAUGAGACCUGCCACUUCCAGAAGUCAGAAGCCAUUUUAAAGGAGUUGGAUGUUGAGGAUGCAAAGCUCUACCUGGACUUCAUUGUGCUAGGCAUCUUUUUUGUGUCACUCCGUCUGAUUGCGUACUUUGUUCUCCGCUACAAGAUCAGUGCUGAGAGGUAGACAAGUAGAAGAUGUGAUGGAGAAAGAGAGUGCUGUCGAGACUUUCAUGCCCAGAGAGGGCUAGGCAGAGAAAGACAAAGCAGAGGGGGCCUGUUCCCUCAAAGAGAACCAUAGUUUUUUUUGUGCAGGCCUGAGCCAAAUUUUUCAAAUAAUCGGACAGAAACCUGGACUGAAUUUGAAGAACAAGUAUGUAGCUUUUGCAUGCGUUUAUAAGGAAAGAAAGCUUAGAAUGCACUAGUUUUGGGAUACAACCAAACAUCUGCAUCAACAGUUAAAGCAACAUUACAUUUACACAUUUGGAAGAUGUUUUAUCUAAAGUGACUUGCAGUGUAUUCAAGCUAUACAUUUUACCUAUACGUGCAUUCCUUAGGAAUAAAACCCAUGACAUAAUGCCAUGCUGUACCAGUUGAGCAUCAUACCCACAGUGAAGAAAACUCAAAGCCCAUGAAGGGUGUCAUUAAUAGCACAGUUUAGAAUUUAACUGGAAUUUGCAAUGCCUAACCCUGUGCUAGUUUGUGACAUCAUAAUGGAGAGCUGGAAUUGUUUCUCUUGAUGAAGAUUGAGCACACAAACAUAGCUUAUUCUGUUCAAUGCUGUCAUGGAAAAGACAUAUUAAUUCUACUGUGGUCUACCUUGGCAUUCCUUCUACGCUACUGAAAAGUUAUCGUUCUGUUGGUAGUGGCUGCUGUUCUUGUAGAGGAACUGAGAAAGCGGUCUUCAUUCUUUUAGGUGCAACUGAGUUAUGAGCUGGUCUCCAGAUGAUGUACCCAUCAGAGAAACCUUGUUACAGAUUAAACUAAUGCUUGAUUUUCACCCAACUAUUUUUAUGUUAUUUUUAAUUUGCACUUAAGAAAACCUGAAUGGAAACGCUUGAUAUGUGCAUAAACUCAAAAUUUGCUUAAAAGUUUAUGUGCUUGGCAAAGAUGGAUUUUCUAGAUUUAAGCACAAGUCAAAAUGUGCAUUAAGGUGAUGGAAACAGUUUAUUUGCAAAACAAUGACGUGUUUUGACCAUUUGUGCAUGUGUUAUGGAUGUGCGAUAGCUUGAUGUAACUGGCCAAAUGAAAGGUCCGACUGUGGCACACAAUUCUUCAAACACAGCCCUUGACCUUUGGAAGUGUUUAACCCACAGCUGGUCAUUAAAGUGGAUCCUCACAAUCCGCCAGAACAGUUUUGAAUGCAGGCACUCCCAGGUAUAUACGGCGUAAGGUCAUAGCAGCCAUUUCAGCCCACAUUACAUGAGAUAUUGCACUCAUUCUGAGGUGUCUCCUGUCAGCAUUUAAUAAAACAAUGUACAGUUGCUCCAGUACCGCAAAUACAACUCUCCUCGAAGCAAGGAGGCAAUUUAGCUGCUACAUCAUGACAAAGAAGUCUUCCUUAAGAUAAUGUACAUGGCGUAGUGGAUGGAAACACGCAAAUUAAUUUGCAGCUUCUUUAGUCUAAUUUCAAGAAAUGCACUUAAAAUAACUUAACAUUUGGAUGGAGAUCCAGCUUAUGAUGUGUGAAUUAUAUGUUUUAUACCUACUAGAACCUAAAAGAGAGUCUGAAGCCCAAUAUGAUUAGAUCUCAUUUGAUUUAAAAGGGGAAUAAAAAGAUCAACUAGGUGUGUGAGUUGCCUGCUUAAAAAAAUGAAAGAUGAAGUGUAAUUUCUGCUUAACUAGCAUCACCAACCGGAAUUUCAAAAAUAAUGACUGUCUCAAACAGGUUUCCCAAACACACCCUACUCCCCUUACACCCUGCUCCCAUCUGCCAUUGGUCGAACAAAUGGAUUAUCCUGCCCCUGUCUUGUUUAGAUAAACCAAUGUUACUAUGUAAAGCUUUUUGUAUGAACAAACAAAGCAAUGCUCUGACUGUGCCAGAGAAGGGAAAUCAAGCUAUGACUGGCUUAUUUAUAGUUAUCUUUUGACAUUUAGCUUGGAAAACAUCAGAAAAAAUUACACACUUCACCUUUAAGGCACCAUACAACAUAUUUGACCAAUAUAGCAAUAUAGUUUUCUGCAGGUAAUUAAUUGACUGUGUAAUUGUCUACGAAUUUAUAGUGCCACAAUAUGCAUCAUAAACCAUCCUCAUAUGCAAAUUUUGGCAGCUUUUGCAAAAAAACAUGACUUUUUUCCAGAAAUGUUUUUGAAUGUUCACAAAGCAAAAGAACCAAGGAACAAUAUUAAACAAAUAUGUGGCAGGUUUUUCAUCAUUUUGUUAACAAACCCAAAAGUUCUAUCAAUCCCAAAUCCUAAAAUGUUCUUAAGAACAGUGUUUUUUACUAAAAACUUUCUCGUUAUUUUAUACCAUGCUAAAUGAUUUUCAUUUUUCCAAGAGACAGAUUUCAAGGUCAUGUUAGUUAUCAUGAAGGAUCUCACACAGAUUCGUCCAUUUAUCCAUUUAUGUGGCAUACUUACAGUAUGUCACCCAAACAAGUUUUAAUCAUGUUACAGGGUCGCUGUCAUUGAUGAAUGCUGUUUUGUUUGUUGACAUCUAUGCACAGUUUUCAUGCUUUCUGGUUCUGGUUUUGUAUGUAACUGCAAAGUCAAUGCAAAAGUGAAAAUGUGACAAAAAUGAAGCAGAUUGUUAUUUAUUAUCUGUGUUUUUUGUAUUACUGUAAAUGUUAAAAUUUGAGUAUCCUUAGUUGCCUCUGAGCUAGGUCCACAGAGUAUUUCUCACAAAUUGUUGCAAGCAUAAUGUGAAUGCUGGUCUGCAACUCAAGUGUUAUGACCAUUAUAAUUUUACCAAACCUUUGCUGUGGACUUCGAUGUGGAAAUUGAUGCAAUCUGUUUUGAACAAUGUUUGAUAUAUAUUCUAUCUCUAUUCUGUUUGUACUUAAAAUGUGGGGCAGUAAAAAAAAAAUAAAAAAGAUAUAUUUUGUUUGCCUCUUUGAACAGUAUAUUAAUUAACCUUAGAAUCCAAAUUAAAUACAUUUUCACAGACAUUCAAUAUCUUUAGGGCUCUAAUUUAGAAGUAAUUACAUUUUCUGGUUCUGAAAUGGUCUACCUGCUACAAUAUCCUUCUGUAACAGAAAUCUGAUGUAACAUAAUUACAUGUUCGAUAUAAUCAUAAAAUG